ACAAGUGAGGCAAAUGAGAAAGUACCAAAGCUUGAAGAAAUGACAGAGAUGAGCAAGGUUUCAUGUUGGGAAAAAGAGUGGAGCAAGGAAUAACUUGAGCUUUCCAUUACCGUGAGUAAGUGGUGAUGCUAGCAUUGCCUUAGAAGCAUUAUUCAUCCUCAUCACUAUAAAGUUGUAUGGGCAAGGCAUUUUAUGACACCACAAUCCCAACCCCCAGUUUGUACCUCUUCUUGACUCCUCUCCUUGCAAAUUUGUUUCCACCACAAAUACUUAAACCUGUGAUGGCUGAAGCACUCGUUUCUGUUCUCAUUGAACAAUUGGCUUCAAUCAUCCAUCAACAGGUAGUACAACAAGUGAAAUUGGUUGUGAAUGUUGAGAAAGAAGUUGCAAACCUCAGGGACAAUUUCCGAGCUAUAGCAGCUGUGCUCAAAGAUGCAGAGGAGAGGCAACUCAAGGAGGCUUCUGUUAAAGUGUGGCUGGAUGAUUUGAAGGACGUGUCGAGCGAGAUGGAGGACGUGUUGGAUGAUUGGAACACUGAAAUUCUGAAGCUGCAAAUUGAGAAACAAGAGAACGAAGUUGGAAAUGUUGUUGAUAUGACUAAGAAGAAGGUAUGUCUAUGCAUUCCUGCUGCUUUCUUUUCUUCCAGCCAUGUUAGUCGAGUUAUUAAUCGUCAUGACAUUGGUACGAAGAUUAAAAAUCUCAAUGAAAGGUUAGCAACAAUUGCUAAUAGGAGGCAAGCUUAUAACUUUCAGUACACAACAAAUGUUACAAUGCAUGUUGAGCGGCAAAAGACUACUUCUUUUGUUGAUGAAACAUUUGGUCGGGUAGAUGAAAAGGAAUUAUUGGUGGGUAAGUUGUUAAGUGAGGAUAAUCUUGAAGGGAACUGCCCCAUUGUCAUCCCUAUUGUAGGGAUGGGUGGGAUCGGGAAAACAACUCUUGCCCAAUUAGCCUUUAAGGAUGAUAGGGUUAAAGCCAAGUUCACAAAAAGAAUAUGGGUUUGUGUGUCAGAGCCAUUUGAUGAGCUUAACAUAGCCAAAGACAUCAUUGGGAAGCUUGAUGGAAGUGUCAAUUCCAUUUCGAAUGACUUGGAAGCUUUCGUCCAAAGCUUGCACAAGUCUAUUGAGGGGAAAAAGAUUCUCCUCGUCUUAGAUGAUGUUUGGAACCAGGAGUAUGGGAAGUGGGAAAAAUUAAAGCUACCGUUACAGAAUGGUGCUGUAGGUAGUAAAAUAAUAGUCACUACACGAAAAGAGGAAGUUGCUAGGAUGAUGGGAGCACCCAAUCACACAAUCAAUUUGACGGUGUUGAGUGAUGAGAAUUGUUGGUUAUUGUUCGCUAAAUUUACCUUUACCAAUAUAAACCAAGAUGAGCGUAAACCUUUAGAACCUAUUGGUAGAGAAAUUGUAAAGAAGUCCAAAGGGUUGCCUCUUGUUGCCAAGACAUUAGGUGGUGUCAUGUGCUAUAAGAAAACAAAGAAAGAAUGGCGGGAUGUUUUAAGUAAUAAGAUAUGGGAGUUGGAUGUAGUUGAGAAGCAAGUUUUUCAACCACUGUUGUUAAGUUAUUAUGAUUUAACUGCAGAGAUCAAACGUUGUCUCUUAUAUUGUGUUAUUUUCCCAAAAGAUCAUAUAAUUGACAAAUAUAAUUUGAUCGAGUUGUGGAUGUCCCAAGGUUAUAUUUGUUCAACUGGGAACAAAGGAAAGAUGGAUAUUGGAGAAUCAUAUUUCGAUAAUUUGGUGAUGCGAUCUUUUUUCCAGAAUUUCAAGAAAGAUACAUUAGGAAAUAUCAGUGUGUGCCAAAUGCAUGACAUUGUGCACGAUUUUCUCCAAAUUUUAAGCCAGAGGGAUUGUUUCAUUUUGGAGGCCCAGGGUGUAAAAAAAAUAGAAUUACGAAUAGGGAAUAAGUUUCGCCACUUGAGCAUUACAUCGGCACCUAGAGAUCCAUUUCCCGUUUCUCUUAACCAUUCCGAGAAUCUAAGGACCCUCGCAACUUUUAAUUGUAAAUUUGAGAGUCUCAACCCAGAGUUUGUUUUACAAUUAAAAUGUUUGAGGACCUUAAAUUUGAGUAAUAACGAUAUGGAACAACUUCCAAGCGAGGUUGGCGGGUUGGUGCGCUUGAGGUAUUUGGAUUUGUCCUACAACAACUGGGAGAAAUUACCCGACAGUCUGUGUAAUCUGAUCAAUUUGGAGACCUUGAGACUUGAACGCUGCUUCGAUCUUGAAGAGUUGCCCGAGGCAAUGGGAAAGCUGACCAACUUGCGGCACCUCCAUGUUAAGAAGAGUUAUCUGAGGUUGCCAAAAUCAAUUGCGAAGCUGACGAGUCUACAGACUCUGGAUCAAGUUAAUAUUCACUCCACCGAUGGCUUCUUCAAGGUUAGUGAUUUGAGGAACAUGGAUCAGAUUCAAGGCAAGCUUUGCAUAAGCUGGUGGCCGGAUGGCGACGCUUUCAAGAGUGAUGAUGCGGAGCAAGCAAAAUUGGUGAACAAGAAACACCUUGUUUCUUUAAAGCUGUGGUUUUGGAAUUCGGUGAGUGACAGUCUCAAGCAGGAAGAAACACUGAAUGCCUUGCAGCCAAAUCCAGAUCUGGAAUCUUUGAAGAUCGAUAGCUACGGUGGCGCCUCAUUGUGCCCCAAGUGGAUGAACACGUCGUCGUCAUUAAACAAUUUGAGAUGCCUUACCUUCGACGAAUGCGGUGGGUGUGAAUUUGUUCCUCUUGUGGUUUUGGGGAAAUUGGCGUCCCUUGAAAUACUGCGAUUUCGAUAUAUGUUGAAAGUGAAAAAGGUGGGAUUUGAGUAUUCACGGGAACAAGUCACUUUAUUCCCAAAUCUCAAGCACCUCGAGUUCAUUGGCCUGCUGGAGUGGGAGGAGUGGGAAGGAAUGGCAGCUGGGUUGAGUGAAGAUUCACUUGCAGCAGGUAUCAAGGUUAUGCCAUGCCUUUCUACUUUACAUAUUGAAGACUGUUACGAGCUGAAGACACUGCCAGACUUCCUUCGGAGGACGCCGCUCCAGAAUUUGAGAAUCAUUGAUAGCCCGAUUCUCUCGGACAGUCUCGAAAACAGAGGAGGCACGGAGUGGGCCAACAUCUCUCACAUCCCAAACAUCCAAAUUGUCCAAAAUGAUUGGAAGUUUUUACAAAAAGACGGAGUCCGGAUCCAACAAGAAUAGGAGGAAGAAGAAGAUUGAGUUCAUCUUAGAACUUAUCAUCACCCGACUCGUUUGCCGCUUCAUUCUCUCUGGUCAUCUUAUCUUAAUUCAUGGAUGAACCAUGCACAAAGGAAUCUCGAGUCUGAAAUUCAAGUCAUCAUCAUGUCAUCUGCAAAUUGAUCUAGUCUUUCUGCCAGUCUGCGACUCUGUACUGUCCUAUCAACAACAUGCAUGCGAUGCUUGAUUGUAACUUCAUAUGUAUACUUAAACAUUUGAUGAUAUUACUUCUUAAUCA